GGUCUGGGAGCCUCCAGACAAGAUAACCUACCGACCCGACAUCGACCCAACGACACCACACUGACACCAUUCCAAACAAAGUCAAGAGACGCUACGCUAUACUACCUGCGCAUACGCUCACCCACUCCCCGUCGAUGAUGCUCAUGAUUGUCUCGGUCGCGAUAUCAUGAUGCUCUGCGCAGCACAGCACACGCCGAUUCUAGCGCCAUCGCAGCUGCUGUUGUCCUCGUUGUCGUCCUGGUCGUCUCCAUCACCGUCGCUUCUGUGCGCGCUCUCGUCGCAACCAUUGGCAUCACCAUUUCCUGCGCCUCUACCUAUACCACAACAUCGCCGAGUCCCGACUCCCCUCUCGGCCUCUUGGCCGCUUCCGAACCGCUACAGUCCAUGUCCCGAGUCGCUGCAGCCGUCCUAUACACACACAGAAUCUCUCCUCGCCCGCCAGCUCGGCACAUAUCCAACCGCCGUUCGGCGACAAUCCAUUGCACCUGAACCUUCCUGUGACCCCCCCGACCUCAAUCGCAUCCGUCGCCUCUACGGUCCCCUCGGCCCCGCCGCGCCGUAGCUAGCAGCCCCUCCAGCGGCUGCCCGCCAUGUCGGCACAGGCCGUCCCGGACACCCAGUUAGGCCUCGAUGCCGAGGAAAUCCAACUGCUACGCCAGGGCCAAGCGGCGCUGGGAGGGGGAUCCAGCAGCUCGCGCGCCGCCAGCCGCGCCAGCAGCCAGGGCCUCUUGAUGCUAGAUAGCUCAUCGCUAUCAGCUCUGGGUCGCUACUUUGAUCAUCUCAUGGCCAGCAUCGAGCAGCGGAUACAGCACCUGAGCUACGAAGCACAGCGCUUUACGCAGCUGCAGUACGACGAAGCCGAUGGUAUCAUUGGGGGAGCCGACGCUGAGAUCGCUCGCUACACCGAGAUCCUCCAACAGCUGGAUGAGCUCGAGGUGGACUUUGACCGCAUCGCCCAUAUCAAGGAGAUUGUCAAGGGUUACAGGUCCAGGGUUGAAAGCUUGGAGCGUGAUCUCGACACACCUCCCACCGUUCACGACAUUAAUCAGGCUAAUGACCCUCCCUAAUCGCCCUGGUGGUUCUCAGGAGCCUCAUGGUAUCACAAUGGUUAGAGACCAUUGACUAACGAAACAAAAGAGAAGAAGAAAAGGAGAAAAAAAGAGAUGAAAAUAAGACAAAACGAGAUGGAGAAAGACAAGGUCCUGCGCGGGUUACACAGGACCGCCAUUCUCACAAACAACAACAACUACAACAACCAUGGUGAGAUGGACAGGCUCUUAGGCCAGACCAAGAGCCUCUAACGACACGACACUUUAUCAGGGAGGGCGCCCGGAACGUGGGAAUAUCGGAAGAUUGAUGGGCCUCACGGCUACAACACGCUACGCUACGCAACGCAAGAUGGAACUGGCCUC